AUGGCUUCCUUUGCUGUCAUCCCGAGCAGUUCCUCUGGUCUAGAUCGCCUGAUAGGUCAGUUGGAUGGGGAGUAUCUGGCUAAUUUCUGUAGUAUUCUGGCUGUCACCAUCUCAGACCUUGAUGUGUAUGAAAACAAGACUCUGUUGUAUGAACAGAGUAAACUCCGCAGUAACAUCAAAUGUCUCUCGCCAUUACGAGAUAUAAACCAGGAAUUUGUUCUUAGCAUCCCAGAGUUUCUUCCCAGACUAGUGAAUUUUGCCACAAAUCUUCCAUAUGAACCGCGAUAUGAGGGCAUUACUAUGGAAGUUGAUCAUUGGAUAAGGUUAAUAGAAGACUCAAUGUCUGAUGUCCUGAAUGAACACAACCCUCUCAUUGUCACAGGUAAGUCUGUAGAUUGAUUUUCUUUCUUCUUUCUGUUUGAUGUUUUUCUUAGUAAUAUACAUUAAUGCAGUGACAGGUUUUGACAAGAAUGUUGGUAUUUGGCUUGCAUGCAUCAAACUGCAAAGUAAUGUUUUAAGUGAUAAAAGAACAAACAACAAACAAAAAAGCAGGCCUUUGUAUUUGCUGUAAUGAGUAUUCUCCUGAAAAAAAGUGAGGAAAGAAGAAUUAUCUGAGGAUGAGAUGAAAUCUAAGUUGCAUGAAUUAGAUCCAAGAACUUUGUGAGAAAUAUUAGGGCUUAUAGUAUUCUUAUGCAUUAAUUAUGCAUAUUAGAGAUGAUCCAAACUCCUAUUUGGUUCUCUGAUUGAAUUAUGUAAAGCUGCCUUAGUUGUGUAUAUCCUUGUUUAUGUAAUUAUUUUCUUGUGAAACAAAAUCUGUUCCAAGAAUCACAGGCCUGUGUAAUGCAUUUUUCAUUCUAGGCUAUCCAAUUAUAAGUAUGAUUACUGGCAU